AGCCUUCCUUGGGAACAGACAUGGUUGCAAAUAAGGCUGUGUUCCUUGCCUUCUUACUAAGUGUGGCCCUGAAUGAAGCUGGAGUUGGUGGGGUGCAACUUGGUGGUUUGCCUGACCCAGUUGUCACAGUGCCUCUGAGUAAUGGGAAAAGUGUGUCUUACUCUGGUAAGCUUGAGCUGUCUGACCAGAAAGGCUUUUUUGCCUCUUUCUCUGGGAUCAGGUAUGCGAAGCCUCCUGUAGGCCAUUUGAGGUUUCAAUUUGACAUGUAUGAGGGCUUGAGUAAAGAAAAUGGAACAAAACUACUGCCUGUCAUGGUGUGGAUCCAUGGAGGAGGUUUUGUUUGGGGGUCAUCACAUAGGUUUAUUUAUGGUCCAACAUACUUAAUGGACAGGCCAGUUCUUCUUGUCACCAUCAACUAUAGACUUCAAGCUCUUGGGUUUCUGUCCACGGAAGACCAGAAAUACCCAGGCAACAUGGGCUUGUUGGACCAGACCCAGGCACUGAAGUGGGUUCAAAAAAAUAUUAGGUACUUUGGUGGGAACCCAGACAAAGUCACAAUUUUUGGAGAAAGUGCUGGAGGUGCUUCUACUCAUUUUCAAAUGCUCUCUCCUCUUUCCAAAGGUCUGUUCCAUCAUGUGAUCUCACAAAGUGGGGUAGCUGUCUCACCCUGGGCAAUUCAAGUCAGAUCCUUGGAAAAUGCCAAAGCACUGGCAAAGAAACUGGAAUGCCCUGAUGAAAACAAGGCAUCAAUGAUGGAAUGUCUUAGUCAAGUCCCUGCCAGAGAUUUGACUGUGGCUGUUGGAAGCUUUUUCAAGCUCGGGCUGUUGCCUUUCAUAUUCGUACCAAGAGUUGACAGAGAGGCAACCACUCCGUUUUUGCCUGAUCAUCCUAGAGUGUUGAUGGAGACUGGCAGGUUCAACAAAGUUCCUUGGCUGGCUGGCGGUACACGCAAUGAAGCGCUAUUUUUUGUACUUGGUUCAUUUGUGAGUGAUGAAUUGAGGCAGCUCACAAAAGAACACUGGGGAACGCAGUCAAAGCUCAUGUACUUGCUGGGAACCUACUUUGAGGACAAGGAUGAAGUUCUGGAAUUGAUUGAAUCACAUUACUUUGAUGAACCAUGGGGAGGCUUGGAUAGCAUUUUUGACCUAGAAAGAAGUCUGUCUGACGUCUGGUUCACGGAAUCCAUUCAACAUUCUAUGAAUGCGGUAUCAAGACAUGUUGACACAUAUGCCUAUUUGUUGGAUCAUCCAACAAAUGCCGGUUGGACAAAGGCUGCAUUAAAAAUGCUGCCACUGAAAACUAAUCCUGAUAGACUGAAGCGACACUGGGGUACUGGUCAUGCAGAUGACUUGCAGUACCUAUUCAAGCUGGAAUUUCUUUCUCCUUUGACGUGCGAACGUGACGUGACAGUCAAAGAGCUCUUCUUGGACACGUUUACCAACUUCGCCAUUCAUGGGACGCCGAAUGGAGAUGGAAAGAGUUUGAUGUUCAAGUGGCCGAAGUUUCUGAGCGGAUCCACGUCCAGCAAAAUUUUCGUUUACAAUCCCGACUCCAGGUUGACAACUGAAUAUUUGUCAAAAGAAACUGCGGAAUUCUGGAGGAAUUUGCACGAAAAUUAUGGCUUGAAGCCCGCUGUGCGCGAUGCAAAAACUGAGCUUUGAAAUGCUCGAGAAAGAAAUUUCCAUGAUGUUUUGAAAGUUUAUUACCGUAUGCAUACUCGUGUGGAGUGAAGUUAUGAGUUGAAUUUGAUAAAAAAUGAUUGAAAACGG